AUGAUAAACAUCCAGAAGUUUAUUUUUCAGUUUAUUGUACCGAUCAUAUUGUACCGAUCAACUUCGCUGGCUGAUAGAGGCCCUGACAGCGCUGAGCAGCUCAACGAGGACGAGUUGGUGGUCGCCUUAAUCGAGAAGGACGGGGUUUCUAGAAACGCCACCUGCUGGCAUACAGUAUACUUGAGAAGCAUGAUUGUGUGUACAGGUUUGAGGAUUUUUCGGAUCUGUCCUCCUCCAGGCAAAUUUGCUCUUCAAAUAGUUUUGGAGGCAAGUAACAUAUCAUAA